GAGACAGGGCUUGUGUGGUAGUAGUUAAUGGCGGCCUCUAUGAUCGAGCAUGACAUACACGUCUGUGAUUUAAACAUUGGGACUGUCUCCUCGAACAAUUUGUAAUUUUUUUGCUAAAAAUGGUGCGCAAAGAGCUGGAUAAGAGGAUCCGCACCUUAAUCGAGACUGGAGUAAAACAGGGACAUCGAUCCAUGUUUGUAGUUGUCGGUGACAAAGCCCAGGAUCAGACGGUUAUUCUACACAAUAUUUUAUCAAAGACGACAAUCAAAUCAAGACCCAAUGUCUUGUGGUGUUACAAGAAAGACUUGGGUUUUAGCAGCCAUCGUCAGAAGCGAAUGAAACAGAUGAAACAAAAGAGAAAACAAGGCAAAGUUGACAUCAAUGAAGAUGACCCGUUUGAGCUUUUCAUCCUUUCCACCAACAUUCGGUACUGUUACUAUGCAGAGACACAUAAAAUUCUGGGUAACACAUUUGGAAUGUGUAUUCUUCAGGAUUUUGAGGCCUUGACUCCCAACAUCCUCGCAAGGACCAUUGAAACAGUUGAGGGAGGAGGCCUGGUUGUUCUCUUGUUGAGAUCCAUCAACUCACUUAAGCAGCUCCAUACUAUGGCCAUGGAUAUUCAUGCGCGGUACAGGACUGAAGCACACAACGACGUGGUUGGCCGAUUUAACGAAAGGUUUAUUCUUUCUUUGGCCUCUUGCAAUCGUUGCCUAGUUGUUGACGAUCAACUCAACAUUUUGCCCGUUUCGUCUCAUUCCUUCGAGAUUAAGACUAUGCCUGCAGUUGAAACAGUUGAAGAACUAAAAGAAUUGAAAGCUAGUAUGCAAGAUACUCAACCUGUUGGUUCGCUUUUGAACUGCUGUUGCACUCUUGACCAGGCCAAAGCUGUUCUCAAAUUUGUUGAGUGCAUUUCGGAAAAAACAUUGAGAUCAACAGUGGCGUUGACGGCUGCUCGUGGACGUGGUAAAUCAGCCGCAUUAGGACUGUCGAUGGCAGCUGCAGUUGCCUUUGGUUACUCGAACAUAUUUGUCACAAGUCCUAGCCCGGAAAAUCUGAAAACUCUUUUUGAAUUUAUUUUCAAAGGCUUUGAUGCACUUCAGUACAGCGAACAUGAAGACUACAGCAUCACGCAGUCGAGCAAUCCUGAAUUCAACAAAGCCGUAGUGCGAGUAGAUAUUUUCCAUGAUCAUCGACAGACCAUCCAGUAUAUCCAUCCGACAGACGCAGCCAAACUUGGCCAAGCUGAACUGGUCGUGAUUGACGAAGCUGCAGCCAUCCCUCUACCACUUGUAAAAGCCCUGCUUGGGCCCUAUCUGGUUUUCAUGGCAUCCACCGUCAAUGGGUAUGAAGGAACAGGCCGAUCUUUGUCACUCAAGUUGAUUGAACAGCUGAGAGUGCAAAGUCGACCCAUGGGUGCUUCUACAAAACACAAGGAGGUCGAUUCGAAACUUCUGGGACGAAGCUUAGCCGAGAUUACAUUGGAUGAAUCUAUUCGAUACCGAAACGGGGACGCUUGUGAAGCUUGGCUGAAUCACCUUUUAUGUUUGGACGCAACUUUAGCUCCGCCUAUGCCGGCAGGUUGCCCAUCACCCGAGAAUUGCGACCUCUACUAUGUGGACAGGGACGCGCUAUUUUCCUAUGAUAAAGCAUCAGAAGCUUUCCUUCAGCGUGUCAUGUCCUUGAUGGUAUCAUCACAUUACAAGAACACCCCCAAUGAUCUUCAAAUGCUCUCUGACGCACCUGCGCAUCAUCUUUUCUGUCUGCUCGGACCUCUGGCGUCAUCAGGAGGCAAGACGCAUGAAGUGUUUUGCGUCAUUCAAGUCUGCCUUGAGGGUGACAUUUCAAGCGCAUCCAUCAUGCAAGGACUGGCUCGAGGACAAAGAUCGUCUGGUGACUUAAUCCCUUGGACCGUGGGCACCCAGUUUCUUGAUCAGGAUUUCCCGAAACUAUCUGGAGCACGCGUCAUCCGCAUCGCCACUCACACGGAUUAUCAAGGCAUGGGUUAUGGUAGCCGUGCACUGGAGUUGCUGGAAAAAUACUAUGAGCGAAAUAUGAUCAACAUGGAGGAAACGGAAGAGUCCGAACACAAAGGCCUCAAGAUUGUCAACGAAGAGACUGUUGGCGAGCUCGGGAAGGAUCAAGGAAAAUCACGAAAGUUGCGACUUUUGCUGAAACUUAGUGAGCGGAAACCGGAACGGCUAGACUACCUUGGCACGUCUUUUGGUCUAACCGGACCUUUGUUGAAAUUUUGGAAGAAAGCUGGUUAUGUUCCCGUCUAUCUCAGGCAAACGGCGAAUGAUCUUACGGGUGAACAUUCUUGUAUCAUGUUGAAGGUUUUACGUGGCCAAUUAGAAGAUACAGUCCCAGUGGAUAACCAGUGGCUUCAAGCCUUUUGGUUGGACUUCCGUCGUCGCUUUAUCUCACUCUUAGGAUUCCAGUUUAGAAAAAUGAGCCCAGCUCUCGCCUUGGCCGUUCUCCACAACAAAUCUGUCAGCGAAAGUCAUACUGAUAUUUCGCGACAAGAAUUAGAGAUGCAAUUGAGUCAGUACGAUCUUAAAAGGCUCGAGUACUAUUCACGCAAUAUGGCAGACUACCAUCUUAUCAUGGACUUGUUGCCGAACGUUAGCAAAAUUUACUGUGUGGGCUCGAUGGGCGAUACGCACUUUUCUGCUGUUCAACUCGCUAUUUUGAUUGGCUUGGGAUUGCAAUACAAGACCGCUGAUGAAUUAGCUACCGAACUAGAGCUCCCAACCACUCAACUAUUAGGCCUUUUUAAUCGAACCAUGCGUAAGAUGUCGCAGUAUCUGUCUUCAGUUGUCGAACAAGAUGUGGCUGCUGCGUUGGAAUCCAACUCGGGACGAAACUUGGUUUCGUUUGCCCAACCUCUCGCCCAGUCUUUAUCAGACGAACUUGACGAAGACGCCAAAAAACUGAAGGAGCAGCAGAUGGAAGAAUUGAAAAAGCUGCAACUAGACGACCUCUCGCAGUUUACAAUUAAAGGCAGCGAGAAUGAAUGGAGUAGCGUGUUGGCCAAAAAUCCCAAAGGCAUCGUCAGCUUGAAAAGUGGCGAGAAACGACGACUACUCGACGCUGCCGAUGAUGAAGCAAAAGUGGAUGAAGAAAAGCCCGACAAGAAAAAGAAACACAAGAACCAGAGUCAGCGAGGCAAAAAGAAAGUUAAGAAAUAGACUCUUUUAUCUCUUUUCGAGUUUUUGUGAAACAAAUAUAUGUAUUUGGCACAUU